ACAUUACCCAAUAGGUACAUACUUAGCCUCUGUUUGUGCAGGCAUUUUACAAUUCAAUUUAGGUCAGGGAAACUACGUGAAACAAAAAAAACACAAAUAAAAUGGAAAAAAUACACCUAGUUUUGUUUCUUGCAACUUGGAGUGCCAGUGUUAUUUCCCAAACCCAAGCCUGUAAUACACCUCCUGUUGUGGAUAAUGCUUUUAUUUCUGAAAAUGAGAAGAUUGGCAAUUACUCAGAGGGAGACAUAGUAUACUACACCUGCCAUCCAGGAUACAUUUCAAGAGGACGCCUUCGAUACAAAUGUCAAGACGAGGAAUGGACUCAGUCACGCUUAUUAAAAUGUACACCAAAGCCAUGCGGACAUCCAGGGGACAUAAUAAAUGGCCGCUUCCAUCUGGUAAACAACACUGAAUUUCUGUAUGGAGUCCAAGUUAAAUACACUUGCAAUGAAGGAUACCAGAUGGCAAGUCAGAUGGAUUUCCGGGUAUGUCUAGAUAAUGGAUGGAGCAAUGAUGUUCCUCACUGUGAAGUGAAGACUUGCAUACCUCAAAAACCUGAAGCCGGUAUAAUAAUUACAAGUGGAAAGUUUGAAUCUGAUGAACCAAUUCCUUAUGGAAACGUGCUGAAGUUUGAAUGCAGCUCUUCCGAUUUCACAAUUGACGGUGAAUCUGAAGUACAUUGCAAAGCAGAUGGGAACUGGAGUAGCCCUUUUCCAACAUGCAAAGAACUAAAAUGCCCGUCACCACCAAAUAUACUUCAUGGAAGAUUGGUUGAAGCCUCAGAGAAUGAAUAUGCUCAUGAUCGAAAGGUGACAUACCAGUGUGAUCAGUUUUAUCAAAUUCAAGGGUCCACAUUUAUAAGAUGCAUUCAUGGAACAUGGUCAAUACCACCUAGCUGUAUAGGUUUAAGGCCAACAUGUGGUCCACCACCUGCAGUGGAUCAUGCUGAAAUUACACAUGGGGAAAGGAGAGAAUAUGAAGACAAUGAUUGGAUUAGAUACCGAUGCCACCAGGGUUAUGGAUUUGAAGGAUCAAUUUACUAUAGCACAUGUCGGCAUGGAAAGUGGUCAGAUGCACCAAAAUGUAUCAGUUUAAGGCCAACAUGUGGUCCACCACCUGCAGUGGAUCAUGCUGAAAUUACACAUGGGGAAAGGAGAGAAUAUGAAGACAAUAAUUGGAUUAGAUACCAAUGCCACCAGGGUUAUGGAUUUGAAGGAUCAAUUUACUAUAGCAUAUGUCGGCAUGGAAAGUGGUCAGAUGCACCAAAAUGUAUCAGUUUAAGGCCAACAUGUGGUCCACCACCUGCAGUGGAUCAUGCUGAAAUUACACAUGGGGAAAGGAGAGAAUAUGAAGACAAUAAUUGGAUUAGAUACCAAUGCCACCAGGGUUAUGGAUUUGAAGGAUCAAUUUACUAUAGCAUAUGUCGGCAUGGAAAGUGGUCAGAUGCACCAAAAUGUAUCAGUUUAAGGCCAACAUGUGGGCCACCACCUGCAGUGAAUAAUGCUGUCAUUCUACGAGGGGAAAGGAGAGAAUACAGAGACUCUGAAGUAAUUGAAUACCGAUGCAACCUGGGUUAUGAAUUUGAAGGAUCAAAUGACUAUAACACAUGUCGGCAUGGAACGUGGUCAGAUGCACCAAAAUGUAUCAGUUUAAGGCCAACAUGUGGUCCACCACCUGCAGUGGAUCAUGCUGAAAUUACACAUGGGGAAAGGAGAGAAUAUGAAGACAAUGAUUGGAUUAGAUACCGAUGCCACCAGGGUUAUGGAUUUGAAGGAUCAAUUUACUAUAGCACAUGUCGGCAUGGAAAGUGGUCAGAUGCACCAAAAUGUAUCAGUUUAAGGCCAACAUGUGGUCCACCACCUGCAGUGGAUCAUGCUGAAAUUACACAUGGGGAAAGGAGAGAAUAUGAAGACAAUAAUUGGAUUAGAUACCAAUGCCACCAGGGUUAUGGAUUUGAAGGAUCAAUUUACUAUAGCAUAUGUCGGCAUGGAAAGUGGUCAGAUGCACCAAAAUGUAUCAGUUUAAGGCCAACAUGUGGUCCACCACCUGCAGUGGAUCAUGCUGAAAUUACACAUGGGGAAAGGAGAGAAUAUGAAGACAAUAAUUGGAUUAGAUACCAAUGCCACCAGGGUUAUGGAUUUGAAGGAUCAAUUUACUAUAGCAUAUGUCGGCAUGGAAAGUGGUCAGAUGCACCAAAAUGUAUCAGUUUAAGGCCAACAUGUGGGCCACCACCUGCAGUGAAUAAUGCUGUCAUUCUACGAGGGGAAAGGAGAGAAUACAGAGACUCUGAAGUAAUUGAAUACCGAUGCAACCUGGGUUAUGAAUUUGAAGGAUCAAAUGACUAUAACACAUGUCGGCAUGGAACGUGGUCAGAUGCACCAAAAUGUAUCAGUUUAAGGCCAACAUGUGGUCCACCACCUGCAGUGGAUCAUGCUGAAAUUACACAUGGGGAAAGGAGAGAAUAUGAAGACAAUGAUUGGAUUAGAUACCGAUGCCACCAGGGUUAUGGAUUUGAAGGAUCAAUUUACUAUAGCACAUGUCGGCAUGGAAAGUGGUCAGAUGCACCAAAAUGUAUCAGUUUAAGGCCAACAUGUGGUCCACCACCUGCAGUGGAUCAUGCUGAAAUUACACAUGGGGAAAGGAGAGAAUAUGAAGACAAUAAUUGGAUUAGAUACCAAUGCCACCAGGGUUAUGGAUUUGAAGGAUCAAUUUACUAUAGCAUAUGUCGGCAUGGAAAGUGGUCAGAUGCACCAAAAUGUAUCAGUUUAAGGCCAACAUGUGGUCCACCACCUGCAGUGGAUCAUGCUGAAAUUACACAUGGGGAAAGGAGAGAAUAUGAAGACAAUAAUUGGAUUAGAUACCAAUGCCACCAGGGUUAUGGAUUUGAAGGAUCAAUUUACUAUAGCAUAUGUCGGCAUGGAAAGUGGUCAGAUGCACCAAAAUGUAUCAGUUUAAGGCCAACAUGUGGGCCACCACCUGCAGUGAAUAAUGCUGUCAUUCUACGAGGGGAAAGGAGAGAAUACAGAGACUCUGAAGUAAUUGAAUACCGAUGCAACCUGGGUUAUGAAUUUGAAGGAUCAAAUGACUAUAACACAUGUCGGCAUGGAACGUGGUCAGAUGCACCAAAAUGUAUCAGUUUAAGGCCAACAUGUGGGCCACCACCUGCAGUGGAUCAUGCUGAAAUUACACAAGGGAAAAGGAGAGAAUAUGAAGACAAUGAUUGGAUUAGAUACCAAUGCCACCAGGGUUAUGGAUUUGAAGGAUCAAUUUACUAUAGCACAUGUCGGCAUGGAAAGUGGUCAGAUGCACCAAAAUGUAUCAGUUUAAGGCCAACAUGUGGGCCACCACCUGCAGUGAAUAAUGCUGUCAUUCUACGAGGGGAAAGGAGAGAAUACAGAGACAAUGAAGUAAUUGAAUACCGAUGCAACCUGGGUUAUGAAUUUGAAGGAUCAAAUGACUAUAGCAUAUGUCGGAAUGGAAAAUGGUCAGAUGCACCAAAAUGUAUCAGCUCAGGCGCAGACUCAGGUUCAGAGUGUGGGCCACCACCUGUAGUGGAUAAUGCUGUCAUUGAACAAAGGCUAAAGACAUCCGGAGUCUAUCAAAAUGGCGAUACGAUGAAAUACCAAUGCCAAAGUUUCUAUGUACUUGAAGGAUCAAACCAAGCCAGGUGUAACAGAGGAACGUGGGAGAGCCUACCUAUUUGUUUAGAGCCAUGUACUGUUACCGACAGUGACAUGGAGCAAAGGAACAUUAUGUCAAGAUGGAGUACAUCAACAAACUUUAUAAAACAUAAUGAUAUAAUUGAGUUUACAUGUACAUAUUGGACUAGACUUCGCCGUGAUAGUGGUCCAUUAAGAAUACGCUGCAAUAAUGGACGACUGGAUCUGCCCAUAUGUAAUUACGGUGCAUGGCAGAAAUAAGCUUUAAGAAGAUGCUAUUCACUUGGAAACAAACAAACAAGCUGAACAGAAUAUACACAAUAUUUGUAAGGCUAAUUAAAUAUAUGAAUCAUUGUUCUAGACAAUUAUGCCUUAUUUCUAAAUGCAUUUUUGAUUUGUGUGGUUGACCUGGUGGAUUACUGUGAACAGGUCUUACAAUAACAUGUUAUGGAGCUUUUAGAAAGAACAUGUACAUGGAAAAUUAUGAGAACUUCUUUUUUUCCUUUCGAAAUAUAUGUAAUAAAAUAAUAUGUAAUACAGUA